AUGCGAAAAUCAAUCGGUCUCUUGAUACUUUGCGCUAUCCUAAUCUCAGCCGACGAUAGUAAGAAAUCAAGCAAAAGUAAAAAUGUCCCAGAAAAGGAUGAUUUCGAUACCAAUUUGUACAAGUCGUUUUACACAGAGGAUAAUCGAAAACUUUCCAUCUAUAACAACUUUUUAAAACCCACUUCUCUCUACUUACUUAAACGCUAUUUAUUCACCAUUGGCCAAUGGGAAGUUACACUGAACGAUUAUAAUAACGGUAGUGAUUUUAAAGAAGAUAGUCCUGAUCAUGUCUUGUGGAAAAUUUUUCCCGAUCCUGAAUUCAUUGGCAAAACCAAAAUUGGUCAAAAAAUCAUACGAGCUGUUAGACAUUUUAAAGGCGAUCAACAAGGCAAUGACUACCAGAUCUAUCAUGUUGCUGCAAAAUUAAUUGCAAGAUCAGAAAUCCCAAAAAGCAGUCAAGAUGCACCAAUGGGUAAUGGCGAUGUCAGUGCUAUCUUAUAUUUAAUAGGUAAAUGGAAAAAAAAUGAUUAUGGUGAUAUUUUAUUUUACGAUAACAACAAGGAAAUUAUCGGUGCUGUUCAUCCACUUAUAUUUCGCAUGAUCAUGUUUGAUUCUUCUAUCGAGCAUCAAUAUAAAACUCCCUCGGUCGAUCAUGAAGGCCCAGUUAUCACCUUGCAAGUUAAAUUAACUCAAUCCAAGGAGAAAGUCAAUAAUGCUAUCGAGCAAUGGAAAGCUCGAUCACAACUUCGAUCCCAAGCUCGUGAAAAAACACUAAACCAAGUUGCUCCAAUACAAGCAGGACAAGUCAUCGAUGUCGAUAAACAUAUUACACGAACUUAUACGGCCCCCAAUGGUAAAAAAAUGUACGUCCUGGAUAAUUUAUAUACUGCUGAAGAGCUGAAAAAUUUACGCAAACUCAUCGAAUAUAAGCGCUACGAUCAUGAUGGUAAUUUCGAUGAAGGAAGUGAUGGUGUUAGCUGGGCUGCAUCCUUUUCGCUACAAGACUUUGUCGAUAGCAAUUUAUGGAAUGUCCAUCAACAAGUUGUUCGCCAUGUUGGUAGUCGCACUACCUAUUUCCCUUAUGAUGUUUCAUGUAAUAUGAUUCGAUGUAAUGAUAAAACGCGAGUCCAUGAUGAUUGUUCACAAGUAGCUGAUCAAUGGACGAUGGUAACCUACUUGAACCCCAAUUGGACUGCACAAAUGGGUGGCGAAACGGCUUACUUUGAGAAAAAUAUCGACGAUAAUUUUUAUAUUACCGAAGUCAGGCCACGUUAUGGACGAAGUGUUAUUUUCCAGAGUACACUCUAUCAUUCAGCAAGGCCGCCAGCCAAUGAUUUCGAUGGUUUAAGAUAUACCUUUUCGGUUAAGAUGGCGGAAGACGAAGCACAAGCUCGAGUCAAUCGAUUAACGGAAGAUUUUUCAAUUUAUGCUGGAAAUAUUGACCUGCGUGAUAGUGUGACAAGAAUUGGACGUAUGAUGGGGACGGAAAAAGGAGAGAAAAUGGUUCUCCGUAUGUUGUUAGGCGAAGAUGCGCCCCAGGUCGAUGACGAAGGAGAAGGCAAAACGCGAGGUAAAGGGCAAUAUCAAGAUGAAGAGGAAGAAGACCAAUCACCAGCUCAAAAGGAUCAAUCUGUUGAAGACGAAGCAGAAGAAGAGGAACUUGAAUAUAUGCUGGAUGAUUAUCGCAAUCCUCAUCGAAAGUUAGUCGAGGUUACCAAUAAAGAUGGCGUUAAAAAACGAGCCAAGUUAAUCAAGACAAUCGAUAAGCAUAGGGAUAACGGUAAAAUCAUGGCUAAAUUGCAAAACUCCUUAGAAGAGAAUAUGCACAAUUCCUACGCUAAAGUCUCUGCUCAAAUUGCUCCAUAUUUAUAAAUUUAUCUAUUAUGCCAGCUCUACUUUAUGAUUCUUUCACAAUCCAGUUUGUAGCCCAAGUUGAUCCAGAG